AUGGAGAAAUUGCAACAAACUACAACUAACGGACAAUAUUAUAAAUUUAAACGUGAUGGAGAUUUAAAGAAUUCAAAGAAUUCCGAUUUGACAUUUCCAAAGGUCUUGGACUGUCUUCAACAAGAACCAAAAGUGCUAAUUUUUGUUAAUGUUAUUAUCAAUAAUAAUAAAAGAUUUACUAAAGUGCGUCGCGGAGUAAUUUCUGGUAUCGGAAAAGGAAUAUUUGCCUCUUCUUUAGGAUUCUUGUUAAAAACAUUUGGAUUAAAAGUCACUGCCAUAAAAAUUGAUCCAUAUAUGAAUAUUGAUGCUGGAACAAUGAGUCCAAUUGAACAUGGGGAAGUAUUUGUAUUAAAUGAUGGCGGUGAGGUUGAUCUUGAUCUUGGAAAUUAUGAAAGAUUUUUGGAUGUAACUUUGACCAGAGAUAAUACUAUCACUGCAGGAAAGGUUUAUUUAAGAGUGAUUGAAAAAGAGCGUAAAGGAGGAUAUUUGGGCAAAACUGUUCAAGUGGUUCCACACAUAACUGAUACUAUUCAAGAAUGGAUUGAAAAAGUUGCCAAGGUUCCUGUGGAUCAGACUAAUCAAGAACCUGAUAUAUGUAUAAUUGAAUUGGGUGGCACUGUUGGCGAUAUUGAAUCUGCUCCUUUUGUGGAAGCAAUGAGACAAUUUCAAUUCAGAGUAGGAUCUGAGAAUUUUGCUUUAGGUCAUGUCUCAUUAGUACCUAUAAUUGGAACGGUUGGCGAGCAAAAAUCUAAACCUACACAAACCACAAUAAGAGAAUUAAGAGCUUUAGGAUUAUCCCCUGAUCUUAUUGCUUGCAGAUGCUCAAUACCAUUAAAGCCAGAUGUUAAGAAUAAGAUUUCAAUGUUUUGUCAUGUUGGGAAAGAUCAACCUGUUGUCAACAUUGUUUUAGUUGGAAAAUACACUGAUCUACAUGAUUCAUAUCAUUCGGUCAUUAAGUCACUUGAACACUCAGUAUUAAAAUGUAGAAGAAAAUUGGUUUUAAAAUUGAUUGAAGCUUCUCAUUUAGAAGAUUCAACAAAUCAAACUGUGCCUGAUAAAUAUAAAGAAUCUUGGGAUACUUUAAAAUCUGCUGAUGGUAUCUUGGUUCCAGGUGGAUUUGGUAAUCGUGGUAUUGAAGGAAAAAUUUUGGCAGCCAGAUGUGCAAGAGAAAAUAAAAUUCCUUUUUUGGGAAUAUGUUUAGGUUUACAAAUUGCAGUGAUUGAAUUUGCUAGAAAUGUUUGUAAUCUUAAAUGUGCGAAUUCUGAAGAGUUUGACCCAAAAGCAAAACAUCAAGUAGUGAUCAAUAUGCCAGAAAUAUCUACAACAGAAUUUGGAGGUACAAUGAGAUUAGGUCUGAAGCCUACAAUAUUUCAGGAAGAAACUAAAUCUUGGUCAAAAUUACACAAGCUUUAUGAUAAACAAAUCAUAUUAGAACGCCAUAGACACAGAUAUGAAGUUAAUCCUGAAUAUGUAGCAGAAUUAGAAUCAAAUGGAUUGUAUUUUGUUGGUAGAGAUGAACUAAAUAGACGAAUGGAAAUAAUGGAACUUAAAGAUCACCCAUAUUAUGUUGGAACGCAAUUUCAUCCCGAAUAUCUUAGUAGACCACUUAAUCCCUCUCCACCAUUCCUUG